UGUCCGGAAGCAGUAGCGAUCUAAACAGACAACAAGAUGGCAUCACACCCGGGAGGAGGCGAUUCAGGCAAUAAUAAAGACCAGAUACUGGAAGUAGGAACUGUUUUGUUAAAAGAUUUCAUCUACCAGCGGGUUCAGCGGCAUGGAGAUGGCAAUUCUGCAUUGACCAGGGCACAGCUGGGUGGAGCAGAGCUGAUUGAUCCAAACCACAAGAAUCUCGCCAAGUGCCUACAGCAGAUUGGAGAUGAGCUGGAUGGAAAUGUAGAGCUUCAAAGGAUGAUAAACGAUUCUUCACUCAGUCCCACAAAAGACAUGUUUUUGAGAGUUGCCGUCGAGAUCUUUUCAGAUGGAAAAUUCAACUGGGGGAGGGUGGUUGCACUUUUCUACUUUGCCUGUCGACUCGUCAUCAAAGCUCUUGUGACCCAAGUUCCUGAUAUCAUCAGAACAAUCAUCAGCUGGACCAUGGACUACCUCCGGGAAAAUGUGAUCAAUUGGAUCAGGGAGCAAGGCGGCUGGGAGGGUAUUCGGUCCCACUUUGGCACACCCACAUGGCAGACUUUGGGAGUUUUCUUGGCCGGUGUUCUCACAACUGUACUGGUCAUACGCAAGAUGUAAGGGGGUUUGUAGAGAGCAGACAUGUAAAAGAUGGGAAGAAGUACGCCUGUGGGAAAUGGGGACAGGAACAAGAACGUGAAAGAAGAAGAAGUUAUGGCAGACGGAACAAGUUAAACAGGAAGAGCUUGUAUUUGGACACGAAGAGCCAAUCUUCGUUUCUGUCUCCCUUUCAUUUCCAAGGAUUGGGAGUUGGACUGAACGCAUUGUCGCACCCAUGAUCCCUAUGCCACAGAGGAAGUGUGUGGUGUAUGACUACAUGCACAGAGAGGCGGGGGGGGGUGGAUUGCGUUUUAAGUAAUUUAUUUUUUACUUGGUACAGACAAAAAUAAGUCACUGCAUUCAGUUUUCUGCCCUAAAAGUUAUAUGGACUGAAGCAUUUUGAUGAAGUUAGUUUCCUUUUUGCCCCCUUUUUCCCCUUCAUUUUUCUUUCCUUUUUGUUCCACUCAGAUUGCUUUUCUGGUCUUCCCAAUCUCCCCAUCCACCUCAUCAUAGUGUCUAAACUAGAGAAUCCAUCUUCAUAUGUAUUUGUGAGUGUUAACUGGUGUAAAUCUGUAAUGAUCUGCUGUCAAUGAGCGGGUUGGAGGGUGGUUACAUCCCAUCCAUGUCAAAAGAUAUAUUUUUGCAAAUAGUUAUUAGAUUUAGCAAGAAGACGAUAAAGACGAAGAGAAGUUACGCUUCUAAUAAUAUUUAGGAUUUAAAAAAAAUAAUAAUUUCUUCCCUUGAAUGCACAGUUCAACCUUAUUUUAGUUGGGGAAAAAGUGCCACAGCAGGGACUUGUGUACAAAGUUAUGUUUACCUUCAACAUGAACCACCACAUGGUAAAACAGUCACAUGUUUUUGGCAUUUCAACCAACAUUGUGACUUAAUGUGGCUCCCCAAAAGAAAAAAAUGUGUAAUGAAUGGAGCCACCGCCCAUUAACUGACACUUCCUGUUGUCUACGGAAGAUAUUGUACUGCAGAAACAGAACACACUGGGUUGCUCACAGAUGCUUACCUCACUUCACACAUAUACAAAGUACUGUACAUUUCCUUGAGAUAUUCAAACUGCAAUCUUAUCUACACAACAAAUGGCUUUUUAUACAUUCUUCUUGUUUGUCAGUGCCUUGGUGUUUUGUUUUUUUACUAUAAAAUCACUUUGAUAUUCUCAAAUUUUCACAUUUUUCUAUCAUAUUUGUAAGGCUGAAAUUAGAUUGCAGUCCCCCUUUUUGCUGUGACCUUGUCUGUUGUAAAAUGGAAAAUAAAUCUUUUAAAUCUUA